CGCGACGGACGACGGAAAAUCCAAACGGAGAGUUAACCGACGGCGAGGCUGAGAGAACGCCGGUGCAGACAAGAAGGCCGAGAAAGAUCAGUUCGGUGAUCCAUGUAGCCGUCCAUGCCAGCUUCCGCUUCUAAUCAUUUGACUUUGAUGUAGCAAGAUACAGACCCCUGUAAAAGAUCACGGAGGUUGUUUCAGCAUGCAGGUUUCUUGCAGUAUGGUUACUAAUAUUCUAUCAUAUGGAUGUCCUGCAACCUAUACACUUUUAUCCCAUGAAUACUCCAGAUCCAGCAUAGUAGUCGUUUGCCUUGAGAGACCUUCAUAUUCACUCAUUAGAGCACUGCAUUUUCAGUUAUCAUGUUCUGCCAGUAACUGGGGGCGACCUACUUUAAUAAAAAAGAGGAAGGCAUGGUCGGUUAGAAGCAAUGUGGAUAGCAGCAGAGGAUUGGGUUCUUCUUUCACCGGUGACAGCAGCAACACAACACGGCUUAUUAGGGCCAUUAAAGCUCUUCGAGUCAAACUGAACGAAAGAAUAAUGGGAUUGAGNCCGUAAUUGGGCAGACUGGUGAUUGGGAUGUUCUUUCUGCUGUAUUGGCAGUGACUGUGGUGGAGGGCAUUGGGGCUCUCAUGUACAAAACAUUCUUUCCUUUUGUUCAAAAGAUGAAGAACUUCAUCACCAUGCUUAAUUACUGGAAGACCGGGCUCACUCUUGGUCUUUUCUUGGACUCAUUCAAGUAUUAGGUGGGAAUAGGAUCGAGGUACGAGAUUGUGUGCAUGAGCAAUGGUAUUCUUGAGAACAAACACUCUAAAAGAUCAAAUGAAAUGCUCUCCCUCUAUUUGGGUUCUUCCUGUGCAUAUUAUGCUCUCUUGAAUAUUGUUUGUGUACCCACAUGUCCUCUAAACGAAUGGUUGAGCUGUAUAAAUCUAAGCAUUUCCUACUUAUCAUGUCAUCACACAUUUGAUGGGUUUCCAGGUAUUGAUAACUUCCUUUACUGCUCUCUCGUCUAGCAGCAGAGACCACUUACAUAUCGAAAGAUUUGAGCAGUCAGCAGGAAAUCCUAUACGGCUCCGUUUGGUAUGCAGAGUUCAGGCUAUAGAUUUGAAAUUGGAGACUUCAAUUUCAAUUUUGUGGUUUGAUGACACAAAAAUAUGUGGAUUUGGAUUUGAAUUAUAAUUCCAAAUUUUCCAAUCCUCAUUUUCAAUUCUAACAGGAAUAGAAUCUUAAUAUUAGU